AUGAUAGAACAAGAACAAAACGAAACCUCAGAUGCAAUUGCCGAAAGAAAAAGAACAUCUCUGAUUGCUUCACUUGUUACUUCUCUUCAACCAGAUGAACAAAUCGAAGCAAAUAAAAGUGAAGAAGAGAAGAAAGGUCUUUCACGACGUGAACUAAUCGAUGAAAUGCUUCUGUUUUUGGUUGCUGGAUUUGAAACAUCGUCUACAGCUCUCGCUUGGCUUAUUCAUCUGAUGAGUAAACAUCCACGAGUGCAGCAGAAAAUUAAAGCAGAACUAAUCGGUGAUAAUGAGAAACAAGACUUGUCACUGGAUCGUCUCGAUUCAUUAGUUUAUUUGGAUUGUGUUAUCAAAGAAGUACUUCGUUUUUGUCCACCCGCUGAUGGUACGAAUCGUACAUUAACUGCCGAUGAUCGUCUGCCCAUUACUGGUGCACAAUUGUAUAAAGGUGAUAUAGUCGGCAUUCCGAUCGUUAAUCUUGCACGUGACAAUCGAUAUUGGUCAAUCGAUCCAAAUCUCUUUUAUCCAGAGAGAUUUCUUGGCGAAGAUAAAGAUCAUCAUCCAUAUGCAUUGAUUCCAUUUGGUGGUGGUCAUCGACAGUGUGCUGGACAAGAUUUGGCUCGAUUUGAAUUGAAAGUGAUUACAGCAAGACUUAUGCAACAUGUGACAUUUGGUGAUGGUGGUCCUGAAAUUAACGCAGGUGGAUAUGUGCAUAAGCUCACCAUUCUACCGAAACAUGUCGGAGUUAUUAUUGAAUUCGAUCAACUAAGCUCAAUUUUAUAG